CGAAGCGCCUGCCGCGCUGCGCACCGAACCAAACGCCGCGGCACACGCGGCGCUCUGCAGCGCAGCGCGCCUGCUGCAGUGUACAGACAGUCCACGGAGAAGAAGCGGCGCCGCCAACCUCCCCACCAAAAACCUCCUCGCCACCCUCCUGACCUCCUCCUCCUCCGCCCUCGCCACAGUAAAAAGCAGAGCGAAAAGCAAAAGAAGCGUGGGGGGAAAACAGAACUCAAGCACAAGCACUCCUGCAGCGAUGGCUCUCGCCGGGCUCGUGCGGGUCCUCCCUCCGCGACCCUCGCCGGUCUCGCGGCCCAAGCAGCUCAAGCAAGGUUUAGGCGGCCGCGGCGGGGCCUCACUGGCCGUGCGGGCGAAGGACUCCGACGACUUUGGGGCCCUGCUCUCGGAGAAGCCCGCGGCGCCGGCGCCCGCGGAGCGGGGCGGGUGGGAGGGGUUCGGCCGGGGUGUGGCCAGUGCGGCGGCGGAGGAGGAGGAGGAGAAGAAGGAAGAGGAGGUGCAGAGCGAGCCGGUCUCGUGGGACGUCCUCAACCAGAUCGGCGUCGAGUUGGACUCCGACAAAUCAUAUUCCGCUCUCGUAUAUGGCACAUCUGCUGUUGUUGCAAUUUGGAUAUCAUCGAUUGUGGUUUCUGCACUUGAUUCAGUCCCCUUGGUUCCUCAGGUGAUGGAAGUUGUUGGCCUUGGCUUCACAAUUUGGUUCACGUCGAGAUAUCUGAUAUUUAAGGAGAACCGUGAUGAACUUAUCACCAGAGUUAGGUCCAUCAAGAAGCAAAUAUUAGGUUCUCAUGACAACUGAGCGUAACUGUUAUCUUCUGUUAAUCUGUACUGGGGUCUAGUGAAGACUCGGAAUAAUUAGUACUACGUUUUUUUGGACAUUUCCUUCUUAUUGAAAAGCGGUUGUUGCGUUGUGGCAUUUUCAAUUAAUUUAGGUAAAGGGCAGGCGGCGAUGGCAUUCUGUUUUGCACAAUUAUCUUUGCAUCAAAAAGUGGUGGUUGGGAA